UUUACGCACACCAAGAUCGACUAAUUCGACGCUUCAAAGUUGCAACCAACUGGCUUUAAGACCAUGCAAAUCCAUCAUAUGACUGAAACGCAUAAGAAACCGCUGGAAGGCGGAGAAGCCGUCAGUGACUGGAGUAGCUACAUGCCGGGGUAGGGAGCAGCACUCCUCUUAAUGACUUAAACUAGUGAUCUUGGCUAGUGAAACUUCUUUUUGUCAACGGCAACUCUCAUGUCGUUAUAAUGAGAGGAUGGCUAAGAGGCGUGACGCGGACGAAGGAAAGCUGAUCGCCCCCGUGGUUCAGCUUGACCAUAUUGUUGAUCCGAUUCCCGAAGGCGUAGACAUGGAUUGUGGUGAUGGAGAAAAUGAACUGUGUUUGGAGGAGAUUCUAAAACUAUAUGGACAGCCGAUUAACGAGGAACAGGCGUGGGCAGUUUGUUACCAGUGUUGCCGGUCCUUGGCGAAGGGGCACCAGCGAAGACGCACCAAAUCUGCCAAGGCACCAGUGGUGGAUUAUGCGGGAAGAAUCGAGGGACCAGGGGAUGUCCGAAUUCGCAAGGACGGAACGGUUAGACUACAAUAUCAGGGUGAUCAAGAUAAAUACAGAUCGUCAUGCACACCGGUGGAGGUGGUGGAGUCUCUGGGCAUCAUGAUCUACAAGGCGCUGGACUACGGCCUGAAGGAGAACGAGGAGCGGGAGCUCAGCCCGCCCCUGGAGCAGCUCAUCGACAUCAUGACCAACAUGGGUGUGGCAGAGAGCGACGCCUGUCCCGACGAGGGCUACGAGGCCACCGAGGAGGAGGACGAGGGUGACGAGGGUGACGAAGAUCCUGCCGGGGUGUGCAACGUCCACGGCUACCGGGAUGUCCUCAAGCUCUGCACCUCCCACCUCCCCAGCUCCUCAGAUGCCUCCAGCCACUACCAGGCCGUGUGCCGGGCCCUGUACACUGAGACCAAGGAGCUCCACACCUUUCUGGAGAAGAUCAAGAGUGCCAAAGAGAACCUACGAAAGAUGGAGGGGCAAUCUACAGAAGAGCCAACACGAGACCUGAACGAGCUGCAGAAUGCUGAUUGGGCUCGGUUCUGGGUGCAGGUGAUGAGGGACCUGCGGACCGGGGUGAAGCUGCAGAAAGUGCAAGCGCGGCAGUACGACCCCCUGCCCUUCGAGUACCAGCUCACGCCCUACGAAAUGCUGAUGGACGACAUCCGCUCCAAGCGCUACAAACUGCGCAAGGUCAUGGUGAACGGAGACAUCCCGCCCAGGUUAAAGAAGAGUGCCCAUGAAGUCAUCCUGGAGUUCAUUCGUUCCAGACCUCCUCUCAACCCUGUCGCUGCCCGCAAACUGAAGCCCCACCCUCCCAGGCUGCCCUGUCUGCACGAGCGAAUCCUGGCGGGGAUCAAAGCGGAGAGAAAACUGAGGCCUGUGUCUCCUGAAGAGAUACGCAGGAGCCGGCUUGUAAUUCGACCGCUUAGCAUGUCUCAAAGCUUUGACUUGUCAGCAGUGUACACUCCCGAAACCACGAAGAGGAGACCGGUCAGCACUCUGGCUCUGGCCAAUGGGACCUCUCAGGGCCAGCAGAGUAUGGUGGACGGGCCCCCUGCACUCGCCCAGAGGAAGAGGCUACUGAAGGCCCCUGCCUUGUCUGAGCUGAACAGCUCUGACUCCGAGGACGAGUCCCCAUGCAGGUCAGCCAGUAGUUCCAGCAUGUCUACCUCGCUGAUGGACGACACCUCGCCAGAGUCCGUAGUGGGCAAAAAGACUCCACCUAUGUUCCUGCCAAUCUCCUCCACGCCGCAACCGGAGAAGCGCCUGUCGUUCCAGAGGAGACACUCCAUCGAGAAGGAGACCCCCACGAAUGUUCGGCACUUUAUGCCCCCUUCCCGGCAGAGCUCCAAAUCUCUGGUUUCCAUGGACUCCAGCCCCAAGUCGGAGGAGUUCUGCUACCCGGUGGAGUGUCUGGCUCUGACAGUGGAAGAGGUGAUGCACAUCAGACAAGUGCUGGUCAAAGCCGAGCUGGAGAAGUUCCAGCAGUAUAAAGAUGUGUACAGCGCGCUCAAGAAAGGAAAGCUGUGCUUCUGCUGUCGUACGAAGAGGUUCUCCUUUUUCACCUGGUCCUACACCUGCCAGUUUUGUAAAAGAUAUGUAUGCUCACAGUGUUGUAAAAAGAUGAGGCUGCCCACCAUGCCCCUUGCAAGCCUACCCAUCUACUCCCUGGGGUCUGGCUCCCUGUCCAGAGAGGAGGCCCCAGCCCUGCCCGAGAAUGCUUCCUGCAGCCCCCAACGGCAGGGCCUGCAGCGCACUGGCUCCAGGCUGUCGAGGCUCGGGGAGAGGUCAUCCCGGGACGAGUUCCCCCUGGAGCUGGCGGGGGACUGGAGCACCAUGGAGGUGUGCGUGGACUGCAAGAAGUUCAUCACUGAGAUCAUCUCCUCCAGCAAGCGCAGCAUGGCCACCAAGCGCAAGCGGCUGAUGCGCAAGACCCAGUCCUUCCGCACCCCCUCCCCCAAAACCACCGACUACCGGCCGUCCGAGCACACCAUCAAAGAGGCGUGAGGCUUGAGGCUCGCCCUUUCUCUCGCCCCUCUCUCGCAUGCCGGCACCUGCCCCGAUUCCCCCCCACGCAUCCCGCACAGCCGACUCUGGGUCCCCUGAGGAGAUGCGGUGCUGACGAUGUUUUCCGCUGUCGUUUGGCUUUGACUGCGUUUGUGAUGUCACGGGGGCCCGUGGUUGUGCUGUGAUCGUCAGCCAUGUUGAGUGAGGCAGCUGUAAAGGCCAGUUUCUAGUCCGGCGACAGUGUCGCUGUGACGGUGAUGUGCAAUGCAUGUCGCCUGUUGCAGCUACAUUUGGUUUAUACUCUGGGCGACUGGAGUGCGUUUAUAUAUUUAUGCUACGGACAACGGCCACAGUCUAUGUCGGGCGACAAAACUUACACGAAUGUUCUGCAAAUUUCAGUCGAGUGACACUGUCACUGGACAAUAAACUGGCCUUAAGACUGAAAGUGGCCAUAAAGGUAGAAUGUUCAGUGUGUUUGUGCUAGUUGUUGCUGGGCACCUCUUCUUCUUCCGGACAAAAGAAUGGUAAUACAUUGUGUUGUAAAUAUUGUAUAUAGGACAUUCCCGUCACUGCACAACCACACCCCCUAGUAUACAGUUCCAGGCUGAGUAAAACCUUGUGCAUGGUACAGCCUGCACCCCUUUCUCAGGAAAUGUAGUUUGGUCCAGCUUUUGGCCCAAGGCGCUUUCUCCUCACUGCCCGCCAACAGUAUGACGAAUGAAUGCAUUCCAAUGAAGCAGUAUCAACUUAAUUUACUACCCCGAUUUCUUUAUCCCUGCUAAAUCGAUAAGGAACGGCAAGAAACUAAGGAAUUUAAUGCAACGCUUUAAUAAGGUUAGCAUGCUGAAUUGCUAAAGCUACCAAAAAAAUACUGUUCUCCACCAAUCCUGAAAUUGUAGAUUUAGUAUGGUAAAAUGUUCAGUGCAUAGUUAUAUAGCAACUGAGGAAUCGGCCAAAAUUUGAGCUGAGAAUAAGUGACUAGCUUCCAUUACCAGCCCACUCUCAGGGAGUUCUUGGGAAUUAUACCUUGAGACAUGUACUUCUGUUCAAACCUUUUAGACCUGUUGGAGUCGAGGUGCAGACCAGGUUGUGACCACAUUUUAAAAAUAAAUAAUGGCCGCACCCCAUCACCUUUGAUCUUGUGAUGGUUUUGAAAUUGAAGAAUAGAAGCAUGAUCUCUUAUUUUUCUGUUACAGUUCAAUGCACUGGACACUUUGUGUUAUUGUAGUGUCUUACUUAUUUUUCACCAUAUUUUUCAUCUAUGGGCCAUCUGCAGGCUUUAUUUUGACUCGUCUGUCAUGCAGUAAGUACAGUUUUCCUAGUGCCAAAAUCUUUAUUUUGUAUUUUUUCUUCUCUGUUUUAAUGGUGUAUAGUUCCAACCUGGUGUAAAUACGGUUAUAUUUGUAAUGAAGUUUCUUACGAUCCCAAAGGGGGAAUCUUGACUGGAUCCGUGACUGGAGACAUUUAUAAAGUACAUUUGUGUACAUGCUGUAUAUCUAAAUGGUAUUUGCCCACAGUUCUGAUGUAUCAAGAUUUAUUUAAAAAUAACCUUGUAUAAAAAUGAUUCUUAUUAUUUUAGCAGUUUUUCUGUAAUAACCACAUGCUGUUGUUAUAAGUUAUAUUAACCAUCUUGGACAGACAAGCACUGGAAUAGCACUUUGUUUAUGUUUAACUUUAUUUUGUGGUUUUGUUGCCCUUCAAAAAUGACAAUGUGACCUUGGUUUUGAGGUUUGCUGAUGGUACACAUUAGGGGAGUUCAUAUAUUAGGUAUUCAGAGAUUUCUUUCUUUUUGUGAAAGUUCUAAUUCAGGCCAAAAGGUGAUAAAUAAUUAAAGCAAAACACAAAAACAUGUGCUUGGAACAGAAUGCUUUGUUUCCAGUCCCUUUCAAAUUCAGCUCAAACAAAAAAAACCACAAUCUCGAAUCUUGUGCACAGACAGGGUUAUUCUUUAUUUAUGGCUUGAAGACUCAUUUUAACUGUUACAUACUACUGUUCCCAUACUUAUACAGUCUUUCAUGAAGUAGAAAUGAAGGCAAACCAAUCGAUUACAGUUUUACACCUUUAACAUGAAAUUACUUUGCUCCUGAAUAUAAUAUAUGUAUAUCAUAUAAUGCAAUUAUUUAUUUUCGGUCAAUACCAUAUCUGAAUUUCCGGCUGUAAAAACGUGUUUAGUCAAUUAAUUUGGGUUUCAUUGGCACAGGAAGCGGAAUCUUGGUUCGCAAUCACUUAGUUUCCCCCUCAAAUGAAUGUCGGCCAUUUUGGGUUGAUCAGCCUGUUAUACAUUGGCAUCGUUAAUCCUGCAUCAGGAUUUGGAAGAAUAUGUAGGGAACUGUUUUAUGUAUGCAUUACAGUGCAGUGAAUAGUUUUUAAUGUGGGCUUUUUGUAUAUUACUUGUUGGGCAAUGGCAGCAUAAGAAUGGUACAGCCAAAUUUUGAAAGUGACUCUGCAAUUUAAAGAUUUGUAAAUACAGAUUGAGGAGUGCUCUUCAGUUUUACGUUUUUUUCAACCCGUAGAUGUUUUUUUUUUUUUUUUUGUUUUUUUUUUCUUCCUUUCUGAAAAUAUAUAUUUUUCUUCAUAUUUUAAAAUCUCUCAUAUUGCCUGUGCAGAUGAAUGCAAUCUUUUGGUUUUGUAUAGCAAGGCUGCUUCAGUAUUUUUUUCCUUUGCUCUAUGACCACAAUGUGGCUGCUUUGGCUCUUGGGUUGCUUCUGAGACAGAACAGCAUGAUCAUGUGGUCAGAAAACAAAACAAACAAAAAAAAAAAAAAAACUGUGGAGUGCUUACAUGCUGUCCAAUUUGGCCAAUGAAGUCAAGCCUCUGGUUGAAAAAUGCCUUUUUAACGUGUACAUUAGUUCAGUGGUUACUCGUUGCCUUGGUUAUCUGGGUGCGCAUGCGUAAAAGCCCAUCGCUCGACACAUUAGGGGGUGGGGUGUAUUUGCUUGGGGUGUCUUCACAGUACCAGUUUGAGUGCUGUUCCCAUAACAGUCACGGACAACUCAUCCUUCUGCUGUUCCUGAAGUGUUCCUCUUCGUAAUUCAAAGCUGUUUAAAAAGUAACUGCCAAGUCCAUUUCACAAAGCUGCUCAUUUUGCCUUAAUGUCAGUGUCUGCCUGGGUUCUUUGGCAGAUUGCAUUACUUACAGUAUGUGUCAAUAUUGGUGAGUUGCCGUUAGUUUAUUUGAAAUGCAUUGGUGUCUCAGUUCAUAAGAGGUUUCUGGCAUAACAAUAUUGUUUCAUCAAUCCCCAUAUAUUGCUGCCCAUUCCUAAGGCAUUGAGUAUUCCAGGAAUUCAAUACCCAGGGAUUUUCCUAAUAAAAAGCCAUUGCUGAGGAGAUCUGGGAACAGCAGGAUCGAUGAUUUGAGAAUCUGCAAAAGCUAUCUUCAAUUUCCCAUACAUUUUUUGAAUUAGUGUAGACUUAUGCUGGCUUCUAGAAAAUUCCUAAGAAACCUUGCAAGCUUGUUUAAAAAGCCGUUUUGUACAGUACGCUUUAGCAAGGCAGUGAUUUGCUUCACCAUCUGUUAUGCUUUCAUAAGGUGGAUGUAUUAGUCACUUAUGCUGUACAGUACAUGGACAAAAUGUGUCAGUUACUGGGAAAAUAAGGGUCAGAGGCACAAUGAUUUCCUCUCCUUACCCCCACCCCCACUCGCCCUUGUGUGGCUGCAUUGUGCAUGGACCACUGUGUGGCUUGUAACUUUAAACCAUAGAGCUAUUCAUAAAGAAAUGUCAAUAAAAUCAAUAAAAAUGUGAUGCAACAUGCUCAAAA